AAUCAUUUAUAUUUCCCCUUCCCCCAACGACCGCUUCAUAGUUACACUUAAGCCCUCUCUUUAUAGACUUUUUUCUUUUUAAUUUCGUGUUUUUUUUUAAAAAAAAUUGUUUUGAACCAAACGGAAAAACCAGAAACCGAAGUUCAUCGGAUUCCGGUUUACUCCGCCCAACUUCUUGUUAACGGCCGCCAUUUUCCUUCAAAACGAUAACGUUUUCAACUGUUCAUCAUUUUGUAACCGCCUCCCGAAAUUCUUCUCACAAAAAGAAGAACAUGAAAAGUUCAACUGCAACCGCCGUGCUCCGUCGUCGCAUCAGCUUUUAUCAGCGCCGGAAUAUUGCAAUUGUUUUUAUUAGGAAAUAAAGGAAAGAACCGAGUUGCCUUAUGCAUCCUUUUUGUUGUGUUUCCACGGUAUCGGAACAUUCCCCGGUCAAACCAUUAGCCGAUCAAGUUAUCUCCAUGAGGCCCCCUACUGUAACGACCGUAACUACUACUACUUCCUCUUCGGCUCCCACCACCAGAUCCAACUCGGCCCGAUCCACGGCUCAAAUCCAGUGCCAGUCCAAUCAAAACCAUCAUCGUAGCAAUAGCGUUGAUUUGAAUCGGGUGGUUCAGAGGAAUGGAAUACCGUCGGGAAGAGAGGCUACGACCGCCACGGCUCCUCCGCCGCAAGUGGAUGUAAAGAUAAACGACAUAGUUGGAAACGGGAUAUCGGGCGUGCUUUACAAAUGGGUGAAUUACGGGAAAGGUUGGAGACCGAGGUGGUUCGUUUUGCAAGAUGGAGUUUUAUCGUAUUAUAAAAUCCACGGUCCUGAUAAGAUCGUCGUUAGCCAAGAGACGGAAAAAGGAUCCAAAGUUAUCGGCGAAGAGUCUCACCGUAUUAUCUCCCGCCAUCGUAAUUCCAUUUCUCAUAAUUCUGCAACCCGUCGAAAACCCUUCGGUGAAGUCCACUUGAAGGUUUCUUCGAUAAGGGAAAGCAGAUCAGAUGAUAAGAGAUUCUCGAUCUUCACCGGAACGAAGAGGCUUCAUCUAAGAGCCGAGACGCGGGAUGAUCGGGUUGCGUGGAUGGAGGCGCUUCAGGCGGUUAAGGAUAUGUUCCCUAGGAUGUCCAAUAGCGAGCUCAUGGCUCCGACGGACAAUGUGGUGGUUUCCACGGAGAAAUUAAGGAAACGGCUGAUGCUGGAAGGUAUAAGCGAAUCGGCUAUUCAAGAUAGCGAGCAGAUUAUGAAGAGCGAGUUCGCGGAAUUGCAGAAGCAGCUGGUGUUGCUUAAACAGAAACAGUGGCUUCUCAUCGAUACCUUGCGUCAGUUGGAGACAGAAAAGGUUGAUCUAGAGAAUACAGUGGUUGAUGAGAGCCAGAACAAGUUGAAUGAUCAGGGGGCCUCCUCUAUGAUAAGGCAAGACAAGUCUAGUGAAGGCAGUGUAACUGACACAGAUGAGGAUAAUGAAAGAGUUGAUGCUGCAGAAGAAGAAACUGAUGAAGAUGAACACAAUUUCUUUGAUACUCGUGACUUUUUGUCAUCAAGCUCUUUCAAGAGCAAUGGAUCUGAUUUCCGGACAUCAUCUUUCUCUUCAGAUGAUGGUCUUAAUGGUUUUGAUUCUGAAGAUGACAUUGAUCCUUACAUUAAAUCAGUUGGAAGUAACUUCCCUUACAUUAAACGUCGAAAAAAGUUGCCUGACCCAGUUGAAAGGGAGAAAGGUGUAAGUCUUUGGUCAAUGAUUAAGGAUAAUAUUGGGAAAGACCUCACAAAAGUUUGUCUUCCUGUUUACUUCAAUGAGCCUCUCUCUUCUCUUCAAAAGUGUUUUGAGGAUCUGGAAUAUUCCUAUCUGCUUGACCGUGCAUAUGAAUGGGGGAAAAGGGGGAAUAAUCUCAUGAGAAUUCUUAAUGUAGCUGCAUUUGCUGUGUCUGGAUAUUCUUCAACAGAAGGGAGAAUUUGCAAACCCUUCAAUCCAUUAUUAGGGGAAACAUAUGAAGCUGACUUCCCAGAUAAAGGCUUACGCUUCUUCUCAGAGAAGGUCAGUCAUCAUCCUAUGAUUGUAGCAUGCCACUGUCAGGGUACAGGAUGGAAAUUGUGGGGUGAUAGCAAUUUAAAGAGCAAGUUUUGGGGUCGCUCUAUUCAGCUGGAUCCAGUUGGUGUUUUGACCUUGGAGUUUGAAGAUGGAGAAGUGUUCCAAUGGAGUAAGGUGACAACAUCAAUAUAUAAUCUCAUAUUAGGAAAGUUGUACUGUGAUCACUAUGGCACCAUGCGAAUAGAGGGGAACCGUGAAUAUUCAUGUAAGCUGAAAUUCAAGGAGCAAUCUAUCAUAGAUAGAAAUCCUCACCAGGUACAUGGUAUAGUUCAAGAUAGGAAUGGAAGGACAACGGCUUCAUUAUUGGGGAAAUGGGAUGAGAGCAUGCAUUAUGUGAAUGGAGAUUAUUCUGCAAAGGGAAAAGGUCAAGAGUCUUUAUCAGAAAGUCAUCUCCUUUGGCGGCGGAGCAAGCCUCCUAAAUAUCCCACCAGAUAUAACUUAACACGCUUUGCCAUCACAUUGAAUGAACUCACUCCUGGUCUAAAGGAGAAGUUGCCUCCUACAGAUUCAAGGCUGAGACCUGAUCAGAGAUAUCUGGAAAACGGGGAGUAUGAAAUGGCAAAUUCAGAGAAGUUGCGGUUGGAGCAGCGGCAACGACAGGCUCGGAAGAUGCAAGAGAGCGGUUGGAAGCCAAGGUGGUUUGCCAAGGAUAAAAACAGUGGGACAUACCAUUAUAUUGGUGGAUAUUGGGAGGCUAGAGAGAAAAGGAAGUGGGAUUCAUGUCCUGAUAUUUUUGGCCAAAUCCCUUGUGAUCAGAUCCUUGAAGAUGGGGCACCAACACAUCCGCUGGGCCAAGAAGGUUGGAAUGCUCCAUGACAAGUGACAACAACAAUGUAAGUAAGAAAAAAAAAGGAAGAAGAAAGGGUUUAGAAAAUAAUAGAAGAAUGAACGAAUACAUUAUUAUUUUCCCCAUCCACUUGUUUCUCAAUUCACAUUUGAUGAUUUGAGUUUGAGCCUUACUGGAAUUGGGUUACGGUUGUGGGAUUUUCGUUGUAACAAAUGAUUAGAAGACUUGACAGAAAUUUUAUGGAUAAAGAAUACAAGAAAUAUUUUCCUAAA